AUUUGCUUUCCAUCCGUCUCCGUUAGUUGAAACUACAUAUUCUCUGUGCGUGUGUGCGAAAAGGGUCGGGAAGCCAGAAAGUCCGGAACAGUUUCAGGUUUCAGCCACGGUUUCAGCUUUCUCUCGUUAGAGGAUCUCGUUUUUUAGGUUAUGUCAUCCUAGAUUUAAGGGUAUAUAUUGCCAGUGUCAAACGUCAUAAUAGUUCGAACAAGUAGCUGCUUUUGUUUUUCCUUUUUUUAAGCGAAAAUGGCAUGGUUGUCAGGUCUCGCUGACAAGGCGGAGAACUUACUAAAUAAAAUAGAUAAAAACACCGCGGCUGUAUUAAACAAAGACAAAUUACCGCAAUCUCAAUUGACACACGUUACGUGGAGUACACCUGAAUCAUGUGUUAACACACAAGAUGGUACACUUUCGAACCCUACCACAGAAUCGGUAGAAUUUCCUCACGUUCGUUCAACACCAAAUCUUCCGUCGUUGACAACGAGUUCUGUUGUGUCUAGAGACGAGGAGCUUUUCACUUUCUUAAAUAAUUUGAAUACAAGUCCAAAAAGAUAUACAGCUGAAGCUUCAGUAUCACCACCAACACCGUCAUCGCUCAUGGUUGAGCAUCCAACAGAUUCUACAGAUUCUAUAUCGGAUUUAUCAAUUCAGACAUCAGGUCAAUCUAGUCCUGGUCUUGUACACACUUCUGUAGAUGUUCCAGAUAAUUUUGAACACGAUGGUGCAAAUGAUAACGUCGGAAAAUAUGAAAUAAUAAAUACAUUAAGCAAUGAAAUGGUAAAAAAUCAAGCUUCCGCUACUGUUUUGAAUAAUGGAUACGAUACUUUCAGGAGCGAACUUGAUACUACACAAGAAUAUGAAUACGAUGAUAAACAAGAGAACGUGGAAGCAAACAGACUGACUCAAUCCUCUCAGAAUCAAUACAUGAAAAGGUAUUUAAAAGAAGUGGAGAAAGAUUUAGAAGAAAAGAAUGUACAACUUGGGAAACAGGAAACGGAUCAUCAAAAGGAAAUUAUAAUUUUGAAUGAAAAAUUACAAUCCUUGUACAAAGAAAAAAUGCAAUUAUACAAACAAGUAACGGAAUUGCAGUCGGCCUUAGAAAGAAAUAGAUUGGAAUUAAACUCGACUAGAUUUGAUCUAGAACAACACAAAGCGAGAGCACUGAAGACUCUUCAGGAAAAGGAGAAAUUAAUAGCAGAGUUGAGGAACAAUGAAUCUACAGGAACGGAGGAUGAUACAAUGAUCAUGGAAUUGGACCAGUUAAGACAAGAACGCGACACACUUAGACAAGAGAAUCAACAGGUUUCGGAGCAAUUGCGGAUAAUACGCGAGGAAUUGAUGAAUGCUGAUAUAAAACUAGAGAAAGUGAGACAGAAAUCUGCCGAAGCGAAUAUUCAAGCUCAAGAUAUUCUUGCUACCGAGAGACGCCGGAGAUUAGACGCGGAAGAAGAUGCAAGAUUACAUUUGGAGGAAAUAAGAUCGUUAAAAGACGAAUUGAUCCGUCAGCGUAAUAGCUACACUAGCCAAUUACAAAAGUGUGAAUCGGAGAUCGCUAAGCUUCGAAUGCAAUUAUCCGCGAUAUCAACGCCGAGCAGUGAAAUAGAAUCGAGAUUGGCAUCUCUCACGCAGACGUUAGUUUCAAAACAGCAAGCAGUGGAGAACUUAACGACUGAGAGGAACGCUUUAAGGCUACAAUUAGAGAAAAUAGAACACGAGUUUAGGAAUAGUCGACGCACCAUCUUGUAUAACAGCAUGAACGAUACGGACGACGCUAAAGCGCAAGUGCCGACGUUUCUGAUAGAAACUCCUUUCGAUACCGGAGUUACCAGAAGAGUCAAAAGGGCCUAUUCUUCCUUAGAUGCUAUCAGUAUACGUACAGGCGUAUUUUUGAGGAGGUAUCCGCUUGCAAGGAUUUUAGUAUUAAUUUACAUGGAAAUUGUUUACAGGCACUGCUGCAAUUUUGGGUUCUUAUCGUUCUCCUAUCGCAAUCGCCGGACGCUCAUUAAUGUUAAAUAUUGUUCUAGACUAGUUUUGUAAAUACGACGCUGGGGUAGUGCAUAUGGUUGAUUACUCAUGAGAUCUGUACAUUUUUAUGUUGUUUAUAAAAUAUUAUAUGGUGUAUCAUAACUGCUAAAUACAUAAAUUAAUUUUCUUAUAUACAUUUAAAUAAUCAUUUUAUUGAAUAGUGAUAUGCAUAUGGAACAUACAUAUUGGCCAGUGUGAUACAUAGAAAAAUUAUAGAAAUGUAGAUAACAAAUGAUGGAAUAUUUUUGUUUAUUCAAAGUAUCAUUUAUUUUUUUAUUAUACAGAGGGAAACGGAUAUAAUACUAUAAUGGUAAUAAACAUGAUUUAUUUAUUUAAUUUUAAUCUAAAUAAAUAAAUAAAUAAUUCUUACGUGCAAAUACGUUGAG